UAAACGUCAUGAAUCUGAUUGAAUCAUAACCUAUAAAAUCUAGUUUUAAAAUGUAAACAAAAAUAUUUCUCUAUGAAAAUAUUAAGACCAUAGUUUUUAUGAAGAAAAUCUAAUUUGAUUUUUAAACUCAUAAGCACAAUGACUACAUCCGUAGCGCUGUAUCAAUGCAGAUUAUGUUUAAAUAAAACUUCAAGUAGAGUGGACAUAUUUGUUGGAGAUUUUCCCGGAAUGCUAGACCGACUAACAUCCAUAAAGGUACACGAAGACGAUGGCUUACCAAAAUAUAGUUGUACAAAAUGUGCAGAAGAAGUUCAGAUGGCUUUGGCGGUUAAGAAACGUAUUAUAGAGUCACAUCAGUUUCUAUUAGAAGCUCUAGAAAACAAGAGGGCAAUAUUUGAAACAAUAGAGAUAACCCCUAUUAUUAAUAUAGUCGAAUCUUCAGUACCAAAAAAGAGAAAAAUCACUAAGCAAAAAAUAGUUUCUAAAAAAUCUAAACCAAUAAUUAAACAAAAUCAAACCCAACCAAAAUCAGAAUUAGUUGAGAGCUCAAAAGAAGCAACAACAAAUAAAGAUGCAAAUGAAGUAAGUGUAAAAAGUGAUAUAAAAUCUGAAGUAGUAGAAAAAACAAAUCAACCAAACACAAAUAAAGAAGAAAUAGGAGCACUAGAUCAAGAUAUUUUUAAUAAAGUCGAAUCUUCAGUACCAAAAAAGACAAAAACCACUAAGCAAAAAAUAGUUUCUAGAAAAGCUAAGCCAAUAAUUAAACAAAAGCAAAUCCAACCAAAGUCAGGAUUAGUUCAGAAAUCAAAUGAAGCAACAACAAAUGAAGGUGUAAAUGAUAACUCAAAUGAAGCAACAACAAAUGAAGGUGCAUAUGAUAACUCAAAUGAAGUAACAACAGAUGAAGAUGCAAAUGAAGGAAGUGUAAAAUGUGAUAUAAUAACUGAAGGAGCAGAAAAAAAUCAACCAAAUGAAAUUAAACAAAAGAAGAGAGGACGGAAACGUAUUGAGAGUACUGACUUUACUUGUGAAACAUGUAAUUUAAGUUUUUCAGAUAAAAAACCGUACAACAUGCAUAAACGAAAACACGAAAUAAGCAAGUGUCAUAUUUGCGACCGACUCAUUAGAACAGACAAUAUAAAGAAACACAUCAGGAUGCAUACAUCAGGUCCAUCAGUUUGUUCUAUUUGUGGAGCCACAUUCAAAAAUUUUAACGGUUUAAGAUGUCACAACUUUCAUUACCACAAACAUACUGCCGAACAUUAUAUUUGCGAAGAAUGCGGUAAAGGCUUUCGAAUGAAACAUAGUUUCUUAUUGCAUAAAAAAAAGGUUCAUAUUGGUAUAAAGACCUUUAAAUGUACUACAUGUGGAAAAGCUUUCUUUACCAACGCCAAUUUAUCCUCACAUGUUCGAAUGACUCACGAAAAACUGAGACCUCAUGUUUGUGAAUAUUGUGGUACUGGCUUUUCGUCUAAGUGUGCUUUAAGAACUCAUAAAAGACAACAUACCAAUGAAAAACCGUUCGUUUGUCAGCACUGUUUAGAAGGGUUUAGACAGCGGGCUUCAUUACGAUCCCAUUUGAAAUCAAAGCAUGGAAUAGAGGAGGCCAAAGAAUUCUUUUGUAAAACGUGUGAGAAGGGUUUCGCUACAAAUUAUGCUUUGAGUAUACAUGAGAGAUUACACGAAACUAAAAAGUGUGAAAUUUGUUCAGAACAUUUUGUUGGAGAUGACUAUUUGGCAAACCAUCUUAAGGAAGUCCACCAUCUGGAAGUAGAAAUGAAACAAGAUAGUUAAAAUUAUUUUUGGUUUGUUAUGUGCCCAGUAUUUCUUGAAUUUUCCAUUUUCUUGUAUUAUUCGUAUGUGCUUUAUCUCUAUGAGGUUGACAUAAGUAAUGAAAUAUUUACAACAAAUACAGUUUCAUAGUACUAUAAAUUAUUUGAUACGAUCUGUUGGCUUAGCUUGGUAAUAUUUUGAUAGGUUCAUUGUUGGAAACCACACAAAAAUUCCUAUCUCUUACUAUUAUGUUAUAACCCAAAUAAACUUAGUGUUAUUUUAACGGAAAAAAAGGAGAAUUAUCACGAAUAAUGGGAGUAUAAUAUGUUACCGGCCAAACCCGAUUUCAGGACAAACUAGUUUUGCCUAGGCCAAACUAGUUUGUCCUAAACGUGAUAGGAUAAACUAGAUUAGCCUAGGCCAAACUGGUUUAUCCUGAUAUUAUUACGGAUAUUGCAGGACAAACUAAUACGACCUAUGUACUAUAAACAUUAUACAGGGUGUUUCAUUGGGAAACGGAAAUACCUUAAUGGUGAAUAGAGGGUACCGAGCCGGUUUUAGAUAUAGUAUUUACAUUUUUUGCCCUACCGACUUUUAUAACCGAGUUACAGGGUGUUUUAUCGAUUUUGCCCAUUUCUUUCCUAAGCCAUAACUUUAGAACCACCAUGUAUAUUUUUUUGAUAUUUGGUACACAUGUCUUAUUCAAAACCCAAACGACCGACAUACUAACCAUAAGAAAAAUCCAGGUCCGGAUUAACAAAAAAUUAUAAAGUAAUUGUGACCUUAAAACAACACCCUGUAUAUUGAAAUUCUGAAAAUCUGUUUGCAUAUUUGAAAAGAGCACAAAAAAGUAAGUUUAAUAGUUCGCUUCAAUUUUUCGGCCAGACAAUUUUAUGACUUUAAUUUUGAAAUUAUAUUGAAUUUUUUAAGAACUUUGACAUUAAAAAGCAGAUAUUAUUAACUUUUAGUUAUAAAUUAUUAAAGUUAAUGAAUAAAUACUUAUUUUAAAAAUAAUCAAUACUUAUUUACCACAUUGGAACGACCCAAUUACUAAUGACAAGAAAAAUCCAGGUCCAUUAUGAAAAAAUACAAAGUAAUUGUGACCUUGAACCAACACCCUGUAUAUUGACAUUUUAAAAAUUUGUCUGCGCAUUUUAAAAGACAUUAAAAACUGUGAUUAAAGGCUUAUUUUAAUUUUUUCGCCGUUGAUUUAAUUACAUCAAUUUUGAAAUUAUAUUGAAAUUUUAAAGAACUCUGAGAUUAAAAACCAUUUAUUGUUAACUUUUAUUAAUAAUUUAAUGUUAAUGAAUCAACACUUAUUUUAAAAAUACUUAAUACUUAUUUACUACCCUGACUUCAUAGAUUCUCUGGAUUUGUAGCUAUAUGCACAUCAUUAAAAAUUAGAAUUGCGAGAAUUGGGAUAUUUUAAUGAUUUAGUAAAGAAUUAAAAAACUGCUAUAUCUAAUAAAACAAAAAUUCGUUACAAUUCAACAAUUUAACAUACAUUAAAAAUAUUUGAACUAUAACAGUUGCUCAAAAUGUCCGCCAUUUUGUUCUAUGCAUUUCCUUGCUCGUUUUAACAUAUUUCGAAUCGAUUUUCUAAGUACAUUGGCAUUGUUCUUCAUUUUUCUGGUAGCUUCUUGUGACCUUGACAGAAUUAAUCAAUAUGAUUUCAAAAUUGCCGUAAUUAAAUUAUGUGCGCAAAAAAUUGACAUGCACCUUUUAACGCAGUAUUUUAUGCUAUUUUAAAAGACACAAACAAAUUUUCAAAAUUUCAAUAUACAGGGUGUUGUUUCAAGGUCAAAAUUACUUUAUAUUUUUUUCUUAAUCCGGACCUGGAUUUUUCUUGUCAUUGGUAAUUGGGUCGUUCCAAUGUGGUAAAUAAGUAUUGAUUAUUUUUAAAAUUAGUGUGUAUUCAUUAACUUUAAUAAUUUAUAACUAAAAGUGACUAAUAUCUGCUUUUUAAUGUCAAAGUUCUUAAAAAAUUCAAUAUAACUUCAAAAUGAAAGUCAGUAAAUUGUCUGGCCGAAAAAUUGAAGCGAACCAUUAAACUUACUUUUUUGUGCUCUUUUCAAAUAUGCAAACAGACUUUCAAAAUUUCAAUAUAGAGGGUGUUGUUUUAAGGUCACAAUUACUUUAUAAUUUUUUGUUAAUCCGGACCUGGAUUUUUCUUAUGGUUAGUAUGUCGGUCGUUUGGGUUUUGAAUGAGACAUAUGUGUACCAAAUAUCAAAAAAAUAUACAGGGUGGUUCUAAAAUUAUGGCUUAGGAAAGGAAUGGGCAAAAUCGAUAAAACACCCUGUAACUCGGUUAUAAAAGUCGGUAGGGCAAAAAAUGUAAAUACUAUAUCUAAAACCGGCUCGGUAACCUCUAUUCACCAUUAAAGUAUUUCCGUUUCCCAAUGAAACACCCUGUAUACCUACAAAUCCAAAAUAAAUAGAUAAACUGAAUAAAAUACUCUGUAAUUGGAAAAUAACCAUUUUUAUUAACCCUUUAACUGCGUAAAAUAAAUGCAUAUCGCUGACCAGUGCGGCAGUAGUUUUUUAAAACUAAACGCGAUACCUGUUCAACCAUUGUUUUUUGUAAAAUAUAUUAAAGCCGACUAUAAAUAUUUUUAUCGCCAACCGUCACUAAAGUCAUUCAUUAUUAUACUCAUUUGCCGCCAUUUGCGGCAGUAAAGUAACACUUUAUUGUACUGAAAGAAGAAUUUUACUUUACCUGCCGCGAUUAAUCAAAUUAACUGAGAUUGAGUGUAAGUGGUCAAUUUAUUUAUUUGAGUGAACUUAAAAUUUAUUUACUUUAAUUAUUAAAAAUAUUGUACAAAAUUUAUUAAUUAAAUUUAUGUCAAAAAGUGAAAUUACAUGGUAUUUUGCAAUUAUAUUUGUAAAAUAUAAAUCAAAACUUUACAGAUUUAGUAAUAAGGUAUUCAAUAUUGAUACCUAAUAACAACUAUCCAUUAAACAUCAAAAUCGGUCAUCAUUUUGGUGUAAAUUUGUCUUCUGUAGAGCCUCCUUGACAACAGAUAGACCUAGAAAUAGUACUAUCGGGGGAUGGCAGGAGACAGAUUUAAAUCAAAACGAAACCGUAGAUUUUCUAAUUUUACUAAUGCCAUACUCUGUGUUACGAGUACAAAGACUCGUUUCAUACAGGUUCUCUGAACCGCAUAUUGGAAUAUUUUCCUAGUGGUGCCUUUUGAUAUCUGGGUUAAACAGAGAACUUGAAUCGAGUCGACAUUCAUUUCACUUAUUCCCCGUUAGAGGGCGUUCUAACCAUACUACGGUAUAAAUAGUUUUAUUUUUGUACCGAGAACUACGGACGUUUUGGUGUAAAUUUGUCUUCUGCAGAGCCUCCUUGACAACAGUUAGACCUAGAAAUAGUACUAUCGGGGAUGACAGGAGACAAAUUUAAAUAAAAACGAAACCGUAGAUUUUCUAAUUUUAAUCAUGCAAGAGCCUUCUGUCAUACGAAAUUUUUAUUUCGUCUAAAAUUAAAAGAAUUCUUAAAUCUUUUAAGUUUUGUAUUAAUGCGAAUAUAGUAUGAAAUGGUGUUUUUGUUAAUUCGAUUAUAUAUAGGACGGUUGUACAGUCCAUCUAAUUUACUUACCGUUGCACGUCAUUAUCUACGCCAGAGAUCUAAGUUGACAUAGUUGCCAAAGUAUAAAAAAAUCCUGAAUCCAUUUUAAAUCAAAUAGAUCACAUAAUUAUUGUAAAUGUGGAUUAUACAACAAAACAAAUUAAUAUUCAAUGUAAAUAAGUAAAAACUUAAGAAAUAGAGAACAAGAAUUAAAUUAUAAUCGUAUAAGAUUUGUAGUGCAAGCGUUUUUGCACUGCAUUGUUAAUAAUUAUUAAAACGGCUCCGAACUCUUGACAUGAAGCCGGUAGGUUUCUUUGUAUAUGUCUACAAUAACAACUAAAAAAGUUGUCAGAUACCUCGAUUAUUCCAGGUCGUGAUAAAAUUAGGUGAAAUUUAUAUUUUUAUAGUAGAGGAUGUUUUUAUAGUAAAGUAAAUAAUAAAAACAGUAAAUAUAAUAAAACAUAUACUUAUAGUAAAGAAUAUAAACAAAUAUGAAGUGUCAUCACCGCAACUGUCAAAUAAAUGUUACCAAUUUAUUCUAAAAUGUCACCUUCGUUCGAUUACAGUUACAGUGUGAUUCGAGUAAAUGUGCUUCAUAAAAACGCUUUAUAAUCCAUUUUUACAAAUUAAAUGAAACAUAUUGUGUAUUUAUUUAGGUUGACACUAGUAGAAAUCUUCAAAUAUUAUUUCUACGCGUAUAUAAUAAAAUAUGUCUAGUGGCUGUAAUUCCAGUGUAUUCGGCAACGUGAUUCUAAAAAAGAACACACCUACCGCCUAAAUAUUUCGUGUUGGUAUCAUGCGACGUCACAGGCUAUGACGCGGAUGACGUGCAACGGUUAGUAAAUUAGAUGAAGUAUAGAUAUUUAGGUACUGAUAAUUUGUUAGCAAAUAUAUUUAUUUAGAUGUUCUACUAUUCAUCACGGGAAAAGAAACUGCGCUGAGGGAGGAUACACUUCAUAAACAAUGACGUAACUAUUAACGGUAUUUUUAAUUUUUGGUAUUUUAUUUUAAGUAUUAAAAUUAGUUUAUUAUUUAAAUAAAAUACGAUAAAACUGUUUAAAAUAUAUUUAUUUCGUUGAAAUCAUAAUAGAAGUAUAACUUUUUACGUGCGUACAAAGUACACACACUCUUUUUUCAUUAGAAGGAUGUAAUAAAGUACAUAAGUGUUAAUGUUUUUUAAGAUUGGUGAUAAAAUUUUGUAUGCACCACGUCAGUAAAAGACUCUUUAUCAAACUCGUCUGUUACUCGCCUCGCUCGCUUCACUCUCUCUACUCGUAAUUUCGUUCGGUAAAGAGUCACUUUACUGACUUGGUACAUAAAUAACUAUUCUUCUAAAUUUUUGGAAGGCGCGCAUGUGCGCAGUACGCAGUUUUCAAGGAUUUUUUUUUUUAAAUGCGGAGGACGCACUUUUGCGCUUUAAUACAAAUUUGUGUAUUUAAUAAAUUAAAUACAAUUUUUUUGACCAAAAAUAAAACUUUAUUCAUAGAUAUUUUCUUUGACAGGAAUAUAAAAAUCUAUAAUAAAAAUGUACAAAAUAUUAAUUUUUUCGUAAUGUAUUUCUAUAUUGAUACAUGGUAUUCUCUGAAACGGCUGCCUAAGCAGAGACCAGGUUUAUCGGGGCAUUCUUGACAAUGAUAAACAUUGUAUUUACGUAUCUUAUUUUUAUUGCAUGUCCGACAUUUUUUUUCUUAUUCACGCCCUAGCCCAAACUAGUUUAUCCUAAAAUCGGGUUUGGCCGGUAACAUGCAUUAAUUUUUAUUAAAAACUUUCCAUUUGUAAAUAGUACCUAACGUAUAUACGACUGUAAAAUUUUAAAAAUAAAUAAUAUUUAAACUUUUGUUUUAA